GACCCCUUGCCGGGCACUUCGCCCCGACCGGAGGAGACGAUCUCCAGGUCCAGCCUUGAGUCUUCCCUACCAGUCUGCCCUGCUGAUUGGCUUGCAAAAGGUACCGCCCUGACUGCUGCAGGCUCCUUGACCGGAAAGGAGCGUCUAUGCCGAGCCUGGAGAGCCGGAGCGUGGGCAAAGUUGGUCUUAGCGGGCACCGUGGGGACACCCAACUCUUCCCCUCCCCUAAACCUGCCCUCGCGCUUCUACGUUGUGCUGGGCGGGGAAGGCCACGAGCCAGGCCUCUACCGAAGCUUUCGUGAUUUCGCCCAGGCUGCGGGCCCCUUCCCGGGCUCAACUGCUGUGUGCCACGGCUUCCCAUCGGAGCUGGAAGCAAGGGCCUACACUUGUGCUGCUGGUUUGCUAUGGCCUCCUUCUUUCAGCCUAGAAGACCUCACCCCCUACCAUGUGACGAGGCAGCUGAUGGUUUACGAGCAUCCCUCCCACGACGGGGACGGUAUAACCGAGUGCUUAGCAGCUGUUGUGUUGAAGAGGGACCUGGGAUUCCUGCUAGCCCUCCCUCGGGGUGUGCUGGACGAUGCCGAGGUGGCCCAAGGCCUGGUUGCACCAGUGGAUGCAUUGCUGGGGCCUACUCACCCCUCAGAGGUGCUGAGCAUGCUGCAGUCUCCUUCUGGCCUUGUGGCAGGAGAUGGUCGGCCUGUGCAAUUCACACUUGCCGACCUCUCGGUCGAUGCUCUCAGCCGACUCAGCCCCUACGAUCCCGAGGAGCCUCCGGAGCUUAUGGUUGCUUUCGACGCGGGGUCGCCAGACCUUGUGCCCGAGCCGGCUGCCCUGCUAUCUGCCGCCCAGGCCUGGGUUGCAGAUCCCGACAUGGCUGCUUCCGAAAGGGUGACCUUUUACUCUGCCGACGAGGCCCCAGUAGGGGCCCAAGCCUCAGAGCCAAAGAAGCCGCGACCGGUGCUCCACCUUUCUCGGCCAAAGAGGACGACCAUGGCGGGGCUAGCAGCACAGCUGGACACACUGGUUGCCACGCUGCCCGCCAUCUCCAACAAGCUGGCCGAGGUCGACCAGAAGCAACAGGAGCUGGCAACAAUGGUGACAUCCGGGGCGGCUGCUCCUUUGAAGCAGCCCUUGCGCACAGCCUCGGCCCUGGGAGCCGGUUCGAAAGCUGCAGGCCCACUAGCUUUGACGAUAGGGCCCCCUCCGGGCUCUCGCCACCCGCCGCCCGGCCCUCCUGGAAAGGCCGCCGAGGAGACAGCCGACCUGGAGGAGGCGAUCGAGGAGGCCGACCCCCUGCAG